AUUCUACAUACCUUCGAAAUUUCCCACGAACACAUUAAAUAUAAAAUGCUUCGUAGGCUUCUCCAUAGUCAUCCGGAGGCCGGACUCCGUAUUGCUCAUCAUCACCUACCGAGAUAAACAUGAGCGCCGGUCAAAAGCCCGAGGAAACUCCGGUCGCUGUUCCAAGCACAUUGUCAUCAUCACCACCAUCACCAACGGCAAUAUCACCGGCUGCAGAAGAACCAUACAGCAUCUUCGAUAAGCGACAGAAGGCUCUUAUUAUUGUCAUCGUUUCGACUGCUGCAACUUUCUCCGGGUUCGCAUCAAACAUAUAUUUUCCCGCUCUUCCAACUAUUGCCAAGAACCUAAAUGUUUCAGUGGAGCUUGUCAAUCUCACAGUAACGUCAUACCUUAUUUUCCAGGGUCUAGCUCCCAGUCUCUGGGGGCCUGUAUCCGAUGCUGAAGGACGCCGAGUUGCGUAUUGCUGUACUUUUCUCGUAUUUGUUGGCGCAUGCAUUGGCCUAGCAGAGACGAAGAAUUAUGCGACUCUAAUAGUGCUAAGAUGCCUUCAAAGUACUGGCAGCGCAAGCACCAUCGCAAUUGGGUCCGGUGUCAUCGGAGACAUCACCACUCGCGCUGAGCGCGGAGGCUUCAUGGGGAUCUUUCAGGCCGGAUUGCUCGUGCCAGUUGCUGUUGGCCCAAUUAUUGGAGGUGCUCUAGCAGGAUCUCUGGGAUGGAGGUCGAUCUUCUGGUUCUUGACGAUCUACAGUGCCGCCUUUCUGCUUGUAUUGAUCCUGGUCCUCCCCGAAACACUAAGGUCACUUGUUGCAAACGGAAGCCGAACGCCAUCAAAUCCAAUCACCAGCUACCCUCUAACCAUUUACCAAAAAGUUACAAAGGUCAAGUGGCACCCUAAUGCACCUUCCCCACAGCUUGCAGCGAGAAAACGCAUUGACCUUCUCGGACCAUUCCGUAUCCUCACCAGCAAGUUCGCAGCUCCCAUCAUCGUCUUUCUCGCCGUCUACUACGCGGUCUGGCAAAUGAGCAUCACCGCCAUGUCUUCACUUUUCGAAACUCGCUAUGGGCUGAGUGAAAUUCAAAUCGGCCUGACUUUCAUUGCCAACGGCGUCGGGUCCAUGAUAGGCACACUGGUCACGGGCAAAAUUCUCAACAUUGACUACCAACGCGUCAAGGCCAAAUAUGAGGCUCGAACAAGGCAAGCCGACGCCGAGAUGAGCGACAAUCAAGGCAAUUCCACGGGCAACUCGGAAGACGACUUUCCGAUUGAAAGAGCACGCCUUCGACUCGUCCCUAUUUUUUCUCUCAUUCAGUGUCUUUCCAUCAUCCUCUUUGGCUGGACCAUUCAAUAUCCCGAUCAUGUUCAUAUCGCCGUCCCCAUUGUGUCUACUUUCAUCACGGGCUGGACUGCUGUCUCCACACAGUCGGUUAUCAUGACUUACCUCGUCGAUAUCUUCUCCGAUAGGAGCGCGGGCGCCAGUGCAAGUUUGAAUCUCGCCAGAUGUCUCUUCGCCGCUGGUGGCACAAGUUUCGUGAUGCCUAUGGUAAAUGGCAUUGGAGUUGGGUUGGCAUUUACUGUCUGUGUCAUUGUUCAAGCAGUCGCUUUGUUAGGUGUUGUCGUACAAUGGAAAUUUUCUCCGGGAUGGAGAAAAGCGGCGGCAGAGAAGGAGAGACAGAAGGCCGAGAACGCGGCCGACCUGUCGCAUUAAGCCGCCCAAUAUGACUGAUCGGAGCACAAAGUAAGAUGCUCUUCACAUUGUAUUACUACUAAUAUCGCGGUACAGAUUUGUAUUUUAUCAUUCAUGGCGAAGAAGGUCAAUAGCUUUUGGGUAAGCUAUAAAUGUGAUUUAGAAAAAUCCGGUCCUCUGGCUGUAAAUAUAUGAUUUAAAGGUAGGAUUGUUAUACUCUAGACUCAAUACUUCUUCUAUCACGUUCUGCUGUAAGUUGUAGGGU